CUAAGACGCUCUCUCACCUCGCAUUACCUGUCCCUGCUCCCUUUGUGAGCAGGCCACCAGGCUGCUUCUUGCACUGACUGUCUUUUACUGUCCUCUCUCCAGGUCCACCUCCAUCCCACAGCCAUGUCCUGCUACGAUCUGUGCCGUCCCUGUGGCCCGACCCCGCUGGCCAACAGCUGCAACGAGCCCUGUGUGCGCCAGUGCCAGGACUCCCGCGUGGUGAUCCAGCCCUCUCCCGUGGUGGUCACCCUGCCCGGACCCAUCCUCAGCUCCUUCCCCCAGAACACCGCUGUGGGCUCCAGCACCUCCGCUGCUGUGGGCAGCAUCUUGAGUGAGGAGGGAGUGCCCAUCUCCUCCGGUGGCUUUGGCAUCUCUGGCCUGGGCAGCCGCUUCUCUGGCAGGAGGUACCUGCCCUGCUAAGAUGUGGUGGACGUCCCAUGAGCCCAU